GGGCUCCCAAAGCCCUGAGCUCAGCCUGACCCUGACCAUCACCUCCCCAACCCACCUAAGGGCUCAAUGAAGGGGGACAAGCUCAAGGAGCAAGACCCUUGCCCUCCCCCACCCAUCCAAGGGCUCAUGAAGGGGGACAAGCGUGAGGAGCAGGGGCUGGGCCCCGAACCUGAAGUCCCCCAGCAGCCCACAGAGGAGGAGGAGGCUCUGAUCGAGUUCCACCGUUCCUACCGAGAGCUCUUCCAGUUCUUCUGCAACAAUACCACCAUCCACGGUGCCAUCCGCCUGGUGUGCUCCAAGCACAACCGCAUGAAGACGGCCUUCUGGGCCGUGCUCUGGCUCUGCACGUUCGGCAUGAUGUACUGGCAGUUUGCCCUGAUGUUUGAAGAGUACUUCAGCUACCCUGUCAGCCUCAACAUCAACCUCAACUCUGACAAGCUCGUCUUCCCUGCUGUCACAGUCUGCACUCUCAAUCCCUACAGGUAUAAUGAAAUUAAAUCGGAGCUGGAGGAGCUGGACCACAUCACUGAGCAGACGCUCUUUGACCUGUACAAAUACAAGUUCAACACGCGCCUGGCCAGUCCCCGCGGCCGUCGCGAUCUCGGGGGCACUCUGCCGCACCCACUGCAGCGCCUGCGGGUCCUGCCCCAGCCCCGCAAGGCCCGCAGAGCACGCGGCGCGACCUCCAGCAUGCGGGACAACAACCCCCAAGUGGACAGGAAAGACUGGAAGAUCGGCUUCCAACUGUGCAACCAGAACAAAUCUGACUGCUUCUACCAAACAUACUCAUCAGGGGUGGAUGCGGUGAGGGAGUGGUACCGCUUCCAUUACAUCAACAUUUUGUCCAGGCUGCCAGAUACUUCACCAUCUCUGCAGGAGGAGGCACUGGGCAACUUCAUCUUCACCUGCCGCUUCAACCAGGCCUCCUGCAACCAGGCAGAUGGAAUUCAGGGCGUCACACAUGCUAGGAAUUACUCUCACUUCCACCACCCAAUGUAUGGGAAUUGCUAUACUUUCAACAACAAGAACAAUUCCAACCUCUGGAUGUCUUCCAUGCCAGGAAUCAACAAUGGUCUGUCCCUGACAUUGCGCACAGAGCAGAAAGACUUCAUCCCCCUACUGUCCACGGUGACUGGAGCCAGGGUAAUGGUGCAUGGGCAGGAUGAGCCGGCUUUUAUGGAUGAUGGUGGCUUUAACCUGCGGCCUGGUGUGGAGACCUCCAUCAGCAUGAGGAAGGAAGCCCUGGAUAGGCUUGGAGGCAACUAUGGUGACUGCACUGAGAAUGGCAGUGAUGUCCCUGUCAAGAACCUUUACCCUUCUAAGUACUCGCAGCAGGUGUGCAUCCACUCCUGCUUCCAGGAGAGCAUGAUCAAGGAGUGUGGCUGCGCCUACAUCUUCUACCCAAAGCCUAAGGAUGUGGAGUACUGCGACUACAGGAAGCACAGCGCCUGGGGCUACUGCUACUAUAAGCUCCUGGGAGCCUUCUCUACAGACAGCCUGGGCUGUUUCACCAAGUGCCGGAAGCCAUGCAGUGUGACCAAUUACAAGCUGUCUGCUGGUUACUCACGAUGGCCCUCAGUGAAAUCCCAGGACUGGAUUUUCCAGAUGCUGUCCCUACAGAACAAUUACCCCAUCAACAACAGAAGAAGUGGAGUUGCUAAACUCAACGUCUUCUUCAAGGAGCUGAACUACAAGACCAAUUCUGAAUCUCCCUCUGUCACGAUGGUCACCCUCCUGUCCAACCUGGGCAGCCAGUGGAGCCUGUGGUUUGGCUCCUCAGUGCUGUCUGUGGUGGAGAUGGCCGAGCUCAUCUUUGACCUCCUGGUCAUCACAUUCCUCAUGCUGCUGCGGAGGUUCCGAAGCCGAUACUGGUCUCCAGGACGAGGGGCCAGGAGUGCAAGGGAGGUGGCCUCCACUCCACCUUCCUCCCUUCCCUCCCGCUUCUGUCCUCACCCUACAUCCCCAUCCUUGCCUCAACCAGGCCCUACUCCCUCCUCGGCCUUGACAGCCCCUCCACCUGCUUAUGCCACCCUAGGUCCCUGUCCAUCUCCCUUGAGCUCAGCAGGGGCCAGCUCCUCUGCCUGUGCCCUGGGAGAGCUCUGAUAGGGAACUUAGCCUACAGUGUUUCUCCCACCAAGGCCUGCGCUCCCCUGUGGCAGGGGCCCAGCCUUGGCAAGGUUAAAAGAUGUUUGGGGCUUCCUCUCAAAGCUUCUCACUGCCUUUGGUGUGGGGGAGGGAAGCAGGAUGGGUAAGGGGUCCAGGAAGUUGCCCAGAGAACAGUGGCCAAUGAAGCCACCCAGAACUGCUUUGGUCCUGCCCUGCAACCUCGGUCCUGCCCUUGAACACUCUGAUUUCCACACAAGUGCAAACAAGUCUCCUUUUCCCUUGGAUCAGCCAAGCUAAACUUGGAGUUUUGCCAAGGAACUUUCCUAGGAAACGACCAACAACCAGAACAAAACACAAACAAGGACAUACAAAGGCAUAUCUAGGUUUCCUACCCACAGUGACCAAAGCCAGCCCCAGGCUGGCCUGGCCACACUGCCAUCCAGUGAUACAGAUGUCUGCUCCUUUUCUUGAACUUGGGUGGGAAACCCCACCCGAAAGCCCCCUUUGUUAGCUCUUGGGCAAUUCCCCUUCACUGACUUCAGGGCAGGAGCUUGAGCAGACCAGUGUAGAAAGGUUUGGUCAUUCCCAGUCAUUCCCAAGACGCUUCUAGUCUCAUACUUCACACCCCUGCGGAGAUGCCCCAGUGCCUCUGCCCUGUGUCCUUCAUUCCCCUGCACGACUGCUCAAGCUAUUUCCUCAGCCUGAACACUUGCCUCACCAUCUGGAGGACUAUGCAUCCUUUAGAACCCUUUCAAAUACCAUUACUUCCUUGAAGGCUUCUGCUCCAUCUUGUCUUCCCCAGAAUUGAUCACCCACUCUCCUUUGGACUCCCAUGGCCCACUAUAACAUCUUCUGGACUGCUGAUGUUGCAUUAAACGUUUGUGUUCAUGUGUGUCUGCCUCCCCGACUAGACUGUGAGCUCCUUGUGGUCAUUUCUAUAUUCUCCAGGUCUAGCCCAGUGUCCCACUUGGAGCAAGUAGACAGGUUCUCAAUAAAUGUUUGUUGCAUAAA